AAAUUUAUAAUCCGACCAAUCAAUUUCAGCGGAAAGCACAAAAUGAACAAAGAACAAAUAGCAGAGAAUACAACGCCGCAGAUCGCAGCGACGAAAGGAGAAGACAUAAUAGGAACAGAUAAGAGACUAAGAACUCACGAACAGAGAACAAAAGGCCGUAGCUCAGUAACAGUCGCCGACGAACGGAGAGGCGAUGGCCAGAGGGCAGAGGACCUGUUCGUCAGUUGGGGUUCAGGCGCGCGCGAGCACGGACGAAGAUUCACCAUGAUAACGAUUGACGAUCAUCAAUUGAUUCUUCUUCCACACGGGUUCAACCCAUUGCUUUGCUUCCUCACAGGUUCAACUGUCACCAGAAAUGAUGGGUGGCAGAGCAGUUUUUUUUUUUUUUAAUUUUUUAUGUUUUAGUUUGAACUUUUAAUACAAUUUAAUGAAGAUUAAUU